GCCGAUUUUGCGCCCUACUAUUUAGUUUGUGAACGGAGUAUUUAGUAACACCCCAACAUUUCUAAUUGUGUAUCUUAAAGACUAGUUAGCUUAAUUUAUUUGACUUCAUUUCCAAUUCGCAACGUGUAACCUCUGAUGUAAACCAAAGGGCAAUUUCUUCUUCACCAAGUAGUCCCAUAACUGGGAGGGUUGGAGAUCAUCACAGGGUGAACUGUGAUGAUACUGGAAUAUUCUUCUUCUCAUAAUCAUAACUGAACCACAAAGUACAUAUUUAUAAGAAAACGUAGGAAAACCUAAUAGCUAACCUUAUCCUACUCUAUCAGGUAACAAAUAACUGACUCAAUAAGACACAAUAAACUGAUACGAAUAUCCCUAAAUAAUCACAAUAACAUGACAGCUAACUAAUAAUAAUAUCCUAACGACUAAUCCAAACUCGGCACCAAGGCUCAAGGAUAUUAUACUGCAUCAAGAAUAUACUUCCACCAAAAAACAUCCAUACGGUAUUUUUGUUCCUUUUGCUCCUCAUAAUAAGAGAGGAUUUCACUCUUUUUUUCGUCAUUCCAUCUCUUCCGAAAACAAAAUACAAAUGAUCAAUUCAAUUCGAAAAAAUAAUGUAUAUGUUAUACAACUAUGAUACAAACUCGAACCUCUGGAACAUAUGAGGAGACAAGAAUAGAGAUUUACGGGCCACCGAAUGAGCCACCCUAUUACCAUCGUUACCAACAAACUUCAACAUAUUCUCCUUAAUUGUAUCCAAAAGAAGAGUGCUCUUACGAAAAGUAACUUCGAUCAUUGCAUCCUUCAAAUCUCGAACUUUACACUUGUCAAUAAUAACCUUAGCAUUAUCACGAAGCAAAACAUUGUGCAAUCCAAGUCUGUCACACUUUAGAAGCAAUCAGACAACAUCCGACUCUCCAGAAGCCAAGUUACUCCUUCAUAACGUUGAGCUCCUGAAAUUAUGAUACCACCAUGAGAAUCCUGGAUUAAGAUCCCAGCCGAAACAUCACAUGUUGUAGCGGUUGCACCAUCGAAGAAAGCUCGCACUUGAUUCGGUUGCACGCCAUCUCCAACACAACUGCUAUUUGCUGCCUAUAUCCAAGAGUCUGGGCUUUCAGAAUUUAUGCUAGGCUCUUGUAGCAGGCCGGAAGCCCAGACUCUGGAAGCCCACUUUCAUAAUCCGCGGGUCUCGGCCCAGACUUCAGCUCACCACUGCGCGGGAAAAGUACCUACCCAGCGACGCGGCGGGAAUAAUUCAGUCAAAAAGCAACGAUCGACCAAAAGGCCACAAAGAAAACGAAGAAGAAGAAAGAAAGAAAGAAAGAAAGAAAGAAAGAAAGAAGCCACCGAUAACAAAGAAAUGAAAAUCUCCCUUCAAAGUAAGGAAAGCAAGGAAUCUCUCGCCCAAAACCCACCAUUAUAUUAGCUUCAAUUCACAGCAGAAGGAAAACCAUAAUGCGCCCCCACGAAGGCCAAAACCUCAUCGGAAUUCCCACGCUAGUAACCUCACACGUGCGAUUACCCAAAAUUCCGGCCGCCGUCGAUGAAGCCAGUGUACCUCCAGGCCGGAAUCCCUCUCGCCAUCUCUGUUGCCGGUUUCGCCGUUGCCCGAAUAAUUUCACGGGGGAAAGUUUCACCCCAAUCCGAAACCGAACUCGAAGUUGAUUCAGAAACUGAUGAUGAAGAAUCAGGGUUUCAGGAAUUGAAGGAAAGAAUCGAGGAGCUGCAGAGCAGGGAAGUGGAACUGGAGCUUCGAUUCCUGCGGUACCGAAUAGCGAAAGAGCAGGAAAUGGAGCUGAUGGAGGCGAGGAGCGAGCUGGAGAUCGAGUCGACCCGGGCGGAGUUCAUUGCGCGGGAGGUUAAGUUUCUGGAAGCAGAGAAGCAGAGAUUCGAGGGUUUGCUGGAGGCGUGUUGGAAGAUCGUGCAGCGGCUGGAAUUGGCGAAUUUGGGGAAUGAGUUGCUGGAGAGGAAAGUUGGAGCCAUGGAAGCUGAGGUUUCGAGGUGCUUGGAAGAGAAAGAGAAAGGGAAUUGGCUGAUGGAGAAAUUGGAAGAAGAAAUUGUGGAUUUAGGGAGGGUUGUGGAUCGAUUGAAGGAGGAGAAAGAUGAGCUUCUGAAGCUGCAAAACUCUGUUUCUACGUCGAAGCCAAAGGUCGAAACUUUGCAGAAUGGGGAUGGAGAGUUCAUAUCCAUGGAAGACUACAAUCGGUUAGUAAACGAGCUGGAACAAGCAAGAAGAGAACAAGUGGCGGAAAUUACAGAGGUGACAUACUUGAGGUGGACUAAUGCCUGCCUCAGGCACCAACUGAUGAGAAGUUAUCAACAGCAGCAAGAGAAUGUUAGAGAACACAGUAAUGGCCGUGAGAGUGAAGGAGGAAUCAUGGCAACCAGCAGCGUUGAUCAUCAUCAUCAUCAUCAGCGUGGUUCCAGGAGGAAGAAGUUGCUUAACAAGCUGAAGAAAUGGGUGGAAGGGAGUGAGAAUAAGCAUGAGGGGAAAUGCAUUGGAUGGGUACCAGAAGGCCAUGAUGAUGAUGAUGAUGAAGAAGAAAUGGUUCCACACAGAAGAUCUUGUUCUAGUUUCUGAAAAUAAUUGUUACGAAAUCGG